AUGUCCAACUCGGUAAUUUCAGUUAUUUCUCGGUUCCUGGAGGAAUACACGACCAAAACAUCAAAUAAAUUGAAAGUGGUCGACGCGUACCUUUUCUACAUCUUGCUAACCGGUGCAUUGCAGUUUCUGUACUGCUUGCUGGUUGGCACCUUCCCAUUCAACAGCUUCUUGGCCGGGGUUCAUAUCAUGUGUUGGCGCCUUCAUCCUGGGAGGUAAUUGACACACUUAGCGGUCCAUUUUUUGCAUAGUAUUGUGACAUUCAGCAGUAUUGUACGUCACUGAAACAUGAAGAUAAUCAAUGGCUGCAACCAUUGUUGUAAUGGUUUCUGGUUAACCAAUCUUCUCUGUGGUCCCUCUGCCUACAGUCUGCCUGCGUAUCCAGAUCAAUCCAGAAAACAAAGGAGACUUCCUGUCCAUCUCCCAGGAGAGGGCCUUUGCAGAUUUCUUACUAGCCCACACUGUCCUGCACCUCGUG